AUGCGAUACUUUUUGCAAAACAGGCUUGGUGCUGUAGAUUUCUGGGCACGCAUUGAGUAUCAGCACAGAGGUAGUUCUCAUUUGCAUGGUGUGGCAUGGCUGGCCGAUGCUCCACAUUCUGAUAAGAUAAGUUCAGAGUGGGCAUGCAUGCACAGAGCAUCCGAGUCGGGCGAAGCCGAAGCCACUACCGAACAAAUGAGAAGGGCAGAGGACAUUGCACAGGAGGUGUAUGACUUUGCUGAUGCCCUGGUAACUACGUGGAAUCCCACGUUGAAUGAAACGGGGGAGGGUCACAUGCCUCGAGCAGAAAUGCACCCCUGUCACAAACGACAUAAAGAUGUGACCGACGAAGAGCAGGAUUAUGCUGAACUAAUAGCCAAUGUGCAGAGGCAUACGAAAUGCUCAACGGCUUACUGUCUUCGCCGUGCUAAACGUAAGAGGACCUCUGCCCUAGCAGGGGACAACGAUCAUGGCAGUGAAAACGAGCUACAGUGCCGUUUUAAGUUUCCCAAAGUCUUGUCAAGUAGAACACAUUUUGAACUACAAGACAAGCAGCCAGAGCUUGUUACGCGGCGAAAUGAUUCUCGCAUUAAUGGGCAUAACCGGGCUCAAUUGACAGGCUGGCGGGCUAAUGUUGACAUGCAGGUGUGUGUCAAUGCAGAAAUGGUGUCUAAGUACAUGACCAAAUAUGCCAGCAAGAGUGAAGGCAUGUCUGAACCUCUAAAAAAGACUUUCGAAGUUAUAGUAGAGGAAUUGAAAGACGAUGAUCAUCCAAAGAAAGCCGUCCAAAAGCUAAUGACAAGGUCUGUAGUAGAGCAUGACUACUCGGCACAGGAAACGUGCCAUCACCUUACGGGUGAGACGUUAGUAGUGUGCAGUAGAACGAUUUUACGUGUAAACGUUGAUGGUCAGCGUGAAGUCGAUGUGGCACAAGAUAAACAGGCUACAAUUUCAAGUGCCAUGGACCACUACGUAAACAGGCCAAAAAGUAACGAAUUUGAAAAUCUCUGCUUUGAUGACUUUGUCACGCAGUACGAUUUCAAAAGGACGGGGGGGGGGGGGCGUCUUGUCAAACGCAACAAAAAGGCUGUCAUUCGUUACGCUCCUGAAGUAAAGGCUGCACUUCCAAAUGAUUUGGAAAAGUAUGAAACUUACUGCUCUAGUCAGCUGGUAAAAUAUAAACCUUUUCGGUGCCCAGAAGAACUGACCGCUGAUUUUGGUGGUAGUGCAGUUGCUUCGUGGGAAGAAUGGCAGGGCUAUUGUUCUGACGACCUGACUCGUCGGAUUUGUUUUGCUCGGGACGUUGAAAGGGCAACAGAUCGCGGCGAAGUAGAAAUCGACGGUGACAAUCUAGCACCCUGCGAUGUUGAUGAAAAUGGUACGUGCAAUAAUAGAUGGCACGCAGUAGAAGACUGGAUGGUAUUGUGUCAGUUAGAUGCUGACUUUUCAGAAUCUCCAGAGAACGAACAGGGUUCUGAUAGUAAUACCGAUUGGACAGCAUCUGCUGUGAAUUUUCCUGAUGCCCAGGAAGCCAUAACAUUUAUUGCUCGUAAUAAAUCUGAACACGGUGUAGUUGAUCGGAACGUUGACCUGUGCGACUAUAAUCCUGAUUUCUUACUAGGCAAUCAGCGAGUUGCAUAUGACAUUGUCAAAUGCCAUUUCGAAAAACUUAACCAGGGUCUGUCGCCGCCGGAUCCACUUCGAUGUGUCAUAUGUGGAACGGCUGGUACCGGUAAGUCGUAUCUUAUCGGAUGCUUCCGUUCUCUACUCAGAGGUGCAUGUUGUGUCGCUGCUCCGACAGGGGUAGCAGCAUUUAAUGUGAAUGGUAGAACAUUGCACUCUUUGUUAAAACUGCCUCUCAACUUUACGGCAAGUAAUGAAUUGCGUGGUCCUGCACUACAGAAUCUGCAGGAACAGUUAAAGCAAUGUCGUUAUGUAAUUAUAGACGAAAUUUCAAUGAUUGGUCGACGUCAGCUAGGCAUGAUACAUCAGAGGUUGUGCCAGGCACGUCCUGACCAUGCUACUGAGCCUUUCGGUGGUAUGUCCUUGGUACUGGUCGGAGACUUUGGACAGUUGCCUCCGGUGGGAGACACUCCACUCUAUGUCGCAGAUUCGAAGGGUAUUUUGUCGAAUUUAGGUAGAUCCAUGUACACAGAAUUUACGGAGUCGGUAGUGCUGACCGAAGUUAUGAGGCAGGCCGGCAGUGAUGAUGCUCAAAUGUUGACUGAGGAUUGA